AUGUCAACCAUGGUAUGCACUACAAAAGGAUGUCAACAUAAAACCUUAUGUUCAGAUUGUAUAGUCACUCAUCCUAAAAAUCAUUUGGCGGCAAUCCUACCAUUAAGAGAUUUCGAUCCUUCUAGUUAUUCAGUACCAAAAACUAUAGCCAGUAUAGAUAUUCAUUCUAAUAAUAGAGGAUUUAAGCAUUGUUAGAUAAAGAAUGUCAAUGUUAUAGAAUCAUUUGAUAUAAACUAGAGAAAUUCGAAAAUCUGAAUGUAAAAGAUUAUAAAAACAUAUUGUCAAUUACUUUACAGAUGAAUUAGAUUGUAUAUUUAAACAUUUAUUAAAUAGCUUUUAUUAAAACUGUUAUUCUUUAAAUUGAAUAAUUUUACAAUGAAAAACAUACAAAAAUUGCAGAAGUUACUUAAAAUUGUGAAGAACAUAUUAAUAAAUUGAAUUCAAUUAUUAAUGGAGAAGUAGAUGAUUCUAGAAAAUUUGAUUUCUUAUUAGAUUUAUAAGAAAAAUUAUUACAAGUUAUUGUACCUACACUUACAAAAUAAGCAGAAGACUUAAGCAGAUCAAGUAUAAGUAGUGAUAUUUUAAUAAAUUAAAAUUUUGAAAAAGCUAUAUCAGUAGUAAUAGAAAAGGCCUUUGUUGUCAGUAACAUAUUAAAUACUGAAAAGAAACCUGUUGUAAUGGAUGAACCUGAAUAUGAUUCUUUGACUAUUUUUAAAGUCAAUCUUAAAAAUUAAUAAAAGAAUCUAGACUUUUAUAAGUCUGCCAUUCAACCAUAUUUACAUACUGAUUUACUUGGAAAAGAAUAUAAAGUUCCUUAAAGUUCAGAUUUUAUACCAAAGUAUUACAUUAGAUUUAAUAAAGAACAGUUCCAAAAGAUACACCUUAAUUGAAUGGAUUACCCUUUGAAAUAUUUAUUAGCUAAUAGAAACAUUUGAAUACUGUUGUUUAAGGUCAUUUAGACAUAGUUACUGCUGUUUGUGUUUUAAAUUUAAAUUAAAUUGCAUCAGCUGGUGGUGAGGGUAUACUGAAAUUUUGGGAUAUAGAUUCAUAAAUAUGUUUAGGAACAAUUGAAGCUCAUAAAGGAGAAAUUUGGUGUUUAUGUGCAAUAACAGAUGAUUUUAAUUAAGAUAUAGCUGAGAAAUUGGUAUCAGGAGGUAAUGAUAGAUUGAUACAUAUAUGGAAUGUUUAAUAUAUGACAUUAGAAUUUACUUUGGUUGGUCAUUUAGAUAUUGUGAAAAGUUUGUGUUAUCUAAGAAAGUUUUAAUAUAUUUGUUCUGGAGGUGGAGAUUAUAGAAUUAAGAUAUGGAAUAGAGAUAAAUGUUUUUAUACAAUAGAAGAUGCUCAUAAAAAGAUAGUUAGAACAAUUAUUUAAUUAGAUGAUGAUAAUUUUGCAUCUGGAGGUGAUUGUUUCAUUAAAAUAUGGAGUGCAUUUAAAGGAUAAUUAAAAUAUGAAUUAGCUCAUGGUGAUGAUGUUUAUUGUUUAAAAGAAUUACCAAAUUAAAUGUUGGCUAGUGGAGGAGCAGAUAGAAUAAUUAUUAUUUGGAAUUUAAGGGGAGGUUUUAAGGCUCAUAAAUUAUAAGCUCAUAAUGAAACAAUUACUUGUUUAGGAUUUCAUAAAUAUUUAUUUAGUGCAGGAUUAGACAAGACAUUAAGAGUAUGGGAAAUAAAGGAUUAAGCUACACUUGUAAAAAGCAUUAAAGUCCAUACUGAAUAAAUUAGUUGCAUAGCUGUUAAUCAAUAUAGAGAAUUAAUAAUAACUGGUAGUUGGGAUAAAAGAGUAAGAAUAGUAUCUUUAGAAUAUGUUAUUUAGAGAAAAUGA